ACGUGUAAUGCGCCCUGACAGUGGAGCUGAGAGCACGUUGAAUACGCACGAAAGAGGAUGAAGCCCCUCGUGAAAAGGCGGAAAGGGGGUUCACAGUUCGACGGAGCGGUUAACGACCGGGAAACGAAAAAACCGACGUGGUUCGGUCAUCCCGGGUACGUCAACGCUUACAAGGUGCAACACGUGUGUUACAAAAGAUGAGUGAAAUACCAUUAAAUACUGAUAAAACCAUUGAUGAAGACGGUUACGAUGGGGAUGUGGUGGCGAGUAGUGCUACCCGGGAGGUGAAACAAAUGGAACAACUGGUGCCAGAUUCAUUGAUUGAUGCUGAUGGUACUGAUGAUAUGGAUCUUGUAAAUGCUCCGAAUCCCUGGCUUCCUGCCUAUGGCUUCCAGAUACAACAUCAGCACGCCAACUUUCAGCCGACACACGAGGAUCAACGAACCAAUGAUGUCAAUUUGGUACAACAAGUUGAUUUUCUGGAGACCAUCCUCGAGGAAACUUCGGAUGAUUUGCAGAGUGAUUCUGAUCGCAGUGGCACCACCUAUUGGCUUGGCUCUGACUCCGAGACCGAAAGUGUCAUUCACAUAAAAUCCAAUCAAAGAGUAGCAGAAGAUCGACCCGAUGGAAGUGGAAGUGAGUGCAACUCCGUAGUACCAAAGAAGCGUCGACGUAGAAACGGUGCUGGUGACAGUGAUUCUUAUGUCCAUCUCAGUGAGUGGGCCUCACCACGCUCAUCAAGAUCUUCAGCAUCAUCACGCUCGUCAAAAUCUUCACGUUCAUCCUCACUCAUCCAAUUUGAAACACUCGAGAGAACCUGUGCAACAGUAUCACCAUCUGGCUACAGUUACGAUUCUCUCGAGUAUUCGAAUCGUUCGAAUUCCCAUUUCGAGAAUACAUCACCAGACAGCCUUGAGGAGGAAAACGAUACAGACGAUACAGACGAUACAGAGGAUGAUGACGAUCGAACAUUAACUAAUGUCAAAAGGCCCUCAUUUGGCCUCAGUAAUUCCCACUUGGAAUUGCCAAAGAUACGUCCCUAUCGUAGUUUCGAGAGUCUCCGAACAAGUGAACCAUUUGAACACGAUAUUGGCCAUGGCUUUAUGUUUUCUAAAACGACAAGCAACGAUCUCAGUGAGCGUGGUCGACGCUCUACUGUCAAGAGCAAUAACUAUUGGUACGGCCAAUACAACGAGAAUUACGAUUAUGAGGAAGACUCAGAGGAUUUAGAUGAUGAUGAUGAUGAUGACGGUGGUGGUGGUGGCUAUCACUAUACAAAUGCUUUUAAUGAGCACCGAGGCUUCCUAACAUUCUCUAACACCAUCAACAGUGGAUAUUCCACUUCGUUGGACUUUAGAAGUACCAUCGAUCUCCGAGAAAUUGGUCUUGAAUCAAAGCAUGAAACAAUACUGGACCUGGCUCGCUCGCAGAUGGGUUCGUCCACGGGUCUACUUCACCCUAAACUAAAUAUAACUGACAAUAUGGCGUCAGGAAUCGCAUCCGGCCAAUAUGAUCAGCAUCAACGAGGGUGGAGCAACUCUCAAACACACGGUUUUAAUUUUAGAAUGACUAACAAGUCACGCAGUGUGCCCGGUCUUACCAGUCUUGCCAGUAGCAUCGACGUAUCAGCUUCACUAUUGUCACGUUACAAUCGCAAUUACGAUAACCAUUAUAAUUUUCCAUCAUCAUUGAAUUUAUCAUUUGAUAAUUAUACGCGAGUUGCUAGUGUUCCAGUGAAUCUCAAUCUUUGUGGUACUAAUAAUGUCACUCAAGUUGAUGAGACAACGGCUCUGAACAAUCACGAAAUGGCCGACGAAACGAUGAGUGUUAAUGAGAGCACCAGCGCAGAUCAGGUGACCAACUCGAGAGAAUUACCAAAACGAACGUCCUCGGUUAGGACGCAAAAGCUAUUAUUAGAUAAUCAGCAGGAUCAUCUGCAGGAUUUACAAAUUGAAAAUAAUGUAGAGCCAUGUGUUAUUGCCAGUACUCUGGAGAACGAUCUUCACGAAAACGACAUAACAAUGGAAAAUGAAAUUUCACCAGCCAAUGAAACAAUGAUUAAUAGUGAUAUAAAUGCCAAGGUUUUAACAGUCAAAACCCAAGAUCACGGUAAUCAUGUAUUGGAAAUGGCAAUGGCCAUGGAAAAUGACAUUGAUUCAGUUGUCGAUAAAGCAAUAAAACAGUUGAAACGCCAAGUUGAGGAGGCAACAAAUUCAGCUGAUAAUAUAACAUUUGGUAAAGAUAAACCGCGACAAAGAAAGAUUAAAAACAAUGCGAGUUACGAAUUGGCGCAACAAUGGCAAGUGGACGAAGAAAAUUUCCAGUGUAGAAUGACAAGUUUUAUCGAAGAUGAGGCCAAUGAGUCAUCUCCACCGAAUUCACCAACUAGACGACGUGUACAUAAUAACGCUAGUUACGAAUUGGCACAACAAUCGGAUUAUAUAAAAGCCUUACAAUCAAUGUCUAGGCCCUUUGAACGCAUGGAUGCUUGCGAUGAAUUGCCAGAAUUCUCAUCGAGCAAUUCAAGUCAACCACCACGUAAUAUUGCCACCACUGUGGUUGACAAUGACAAUCGUUCGGUGCAUGAAAGAGACACAACCAACAAUUAUUCACCACUGCCAAACUAUGUUAGACAAGAGGAGUCACAUGAGCAACGAGUACAACAUGACAGUAUAAUUGAUCAGAUAAAAAAAAACUCGAAAAUAUUUUCAACUUAUGGAGAAGGUGCUAGUGUCAGUGGUGGUAUUAAUAUAGAUGAUGAAGUAGAUUUACCUUGCUUGGAAACGAAACCCAUAGAUGGUGAAAUAAAUGUUAAUAAUUAUGUACGACGAAAAAUAGAUGAGGAGACGAGCAGAACAAGUAUGGAGAAUGAUGUGCCAGAGAGAGUUACAUUGUCAUUUUUGAGCGAUUUUUAUCCAGAACAGAGUAAUCAGGUUUUAUCAAAAAUGAACAGUGAUGACAGUAAAAUUAGUAUAUUUAAAAAUGAAGUAACUACGAAUGGUGAUGAUGAUGUUGGUGGUGGUGGUGGUGGUAGUGGUGGAGGUGUUAUGCCUGGAGAACGUUUAUGGAGGGUAGUGGUAGAGCAAGAGAACUCGAUGUUUGGUGCCAAUGGGUGGGGAAGAGAACAAGAGGUGGAUAGCAUGGAGAAGGAGAAAGAGGAGGAAGAGGCAGUAGUAGUGGGAAGCCAACGUCUGGCGGUAGAUGAUACGAGUCAAGGCAGUGUACACACUGCGGUGUCCAUACCCAGUAAUAGUGUAUCGGUUCCAACAAGUGAAGAAAAUACGGAUAAUACAACAUUGACAGUUGAAUCCCACAAAUCAGGUGGUCCAUCAUCGUUGCAAAAAAGUACAGAUAAGUGUGGUGAAAUGUCAUCAAUGGCUGCUAAAAGACUGGCAAUGGGCCCAAUGCAAUCAUCCAGUCCCAGGAAUAGUCAGUUGUUAACGUCUAACAAUGAGACGACUAUUGGUGAGAAAAAAAAAUCCGGUUUAGGUGGAUUUCUUCAGCGUUUCUCAAAAUUGAGAUUCAGUGGUCGUUCAAAAGUGCCAAGAUCGGAAGUUAAAAGAAGCGACUCGGAUGGAGUUAUCAAAGGUAAAACACUUCAAGAGAAUGAUGAUACAAUGCAACAGUCAGUUGGUAUAAAACGAAAAAAAGAGCCUGAUUAUAUCAUCAUACCUUUGCAUCCACCGGAAGACGAGAGGAGGAAAAGCCAUGACGAUGAUGAAGACAGUUCACAACGUAAACGAACGGAUCUUGAACGAAGCGCUUCAUGUGUUGGCGGUACCGGGAGGCCGCCAGUGUGCAUUAGUAAACCACCUCUACCCCCAUUGCCACCACCCCAGGGUGUACGCGCUUGUGCAGCAAGUCCAAGGGCGACGUCGGGCGUCGUCAAUACGCGCCGGCGCGCGACAACGGACCUGGGUAGCCCAGCUGCCAUCGAGAUGGCGAAAGCUCGCGCGAUGCAACAGCAACAGCAGCAGCAGCAGCAGCCGCAGCAGCCGCAACACUAUCACAAUCAUCAUCACCAACUUCAUCAGGUGGUGCACGGUCAUCAGGAGGAGCGCCCGGUUGGCCUCCUCGAGACCGACCUCGACGACGAGUCCGUAAAUGUUGACGUUACCAGUAAAACGUUGAACGAUCAAGACGAGGGUGACACAUUAACUGUCGGUGGACGUGGUAGUGCCGCGCCCGGUAAGAAGACCCGCAGUUUACUCAAUUUAAAUCAUACCUAUCGUCAGGGACGUGACAACAUCGCCGAGAAUAUUAACGCCCUGCGGGUACCGGGUGCACAGUCACCGGGUGCUAGUUGUCGAAAUACCAGCGAUCAUCCUGAUCAUUCAUCCGGAACAAUUAAUCAUCGACCCCACAAAUCUAUGGAGUUCCUCCUUGAUAAGGAGAAUCUCCAUUUCAUCAAGCCACCGGAGAAUGAGUUACAAAAAGUGGGAGAACGUGUGCCAAGUGAGCACGAGCUGAGAGUACAAAGAUCACUUCAACGCCUCAACGUUCCAGACUGGUACAAAAAUUCACCAGCGGCUCGUGAUGGUUUCCGGUUAAAGAGACACUCGGAUGCAUCGCAGCACGGUGGUUGGCGUUCACUCGGUUCAAAAACUACAUCACUGUCAUCCCUAUCAUCGUCUUCCAAUCGCCAGCCAACCACCGCUACCACUGGGACACUACUUUUGAGUCCCAGUCCAACACCUCCGGUCUUCUCAAGAUGGAGUACGAGCCUGCUGAACAGUGCUGGCAGUUCACCAGCAAACUCUGCACGCUCGUCUUUCAAUCAUCGUCAGCCUUAUCUCGGUUGGCGUUCGCAAGAACGUCUCGCCAAUCCACGAACACCAGCUGAACGUCUUGCUCAGGGUAUUCUUCCUCAAGUGCAAAAUGCAAAAAAGCAACAGCAACAAACCAAUCAGCAGAUUGAGGUGAGAAAUUCGAUAAAAGAAGUGACAUCGGCAAUCGUACACUAUGUGCAAAGCGGCCAGGAAGUCGUUGCGAGUGGUGUUGGUGAUGGUAGUGGUGGAAGGCUCUCACCUCGGCCUCGACUCGACGAACGAGACGACAGAGGUGGAGCGAGAUCCACAAGUCCCAGAGGGAGCGUAAAACUGUGUUGGAUGGAGAGUUCAUUUGUUGGUUCACGACGAGUUGAUUCCCCGGAAACCCCCAUGAGCUUGGCAACUGACACCGAAUGCUGUACAGGAUGUAAUGCAGUGGGAACCGAAUCGUGCAGCUGCAUGGACUCGGCAACAUCCGGGUUAUAUCUGGACUUGACACCGACUAGAGACGAACCGAGACACCACAAAGGGGAUCACGAUCAGCAAACUAGGAGUACAACUUGUCUGUGUCCAUCUCCAUCACCAUCGACUUGUCAUUAUCACCAACAAAAGCAGCAUCGAUAUACUCAACAACAACGACAUCAUCGUGGAUCGGGACAGAGCGAGGAUGAUGAGGCGAUGGCAGCAGUAGCUCUUCUUCACAAUAAGCCCAGUCCCGGUUCAACGACACUCGAGGAUGUACUUGAUUCAUUGCUCGGACUGCCGCCAGCAUCGCGUACACCAAGCCCGGGUCCUGGGCCAAUAACAACCGGUAGUGGAUCAUCGGCAAUGCGCCAUCACCGUACAGGUGCUAGCAGUAGUCAGUCAAAUACUAAAACAGGAAAAAGCUGCAGUGACCUGCGCCAAGACCUCCAAGAGUGCGUUAAGGGAGCCCCAGAGUCUCCGACCAGUUGUCCAGAUCCCCGAGUUUCAUCCUACAACGUGGGUGGUUUGGUCCAGCGGCGAAAGAGCGAAGGCAGUGACAUUGUCCCACCGCACCGGUUAUCCUGCCGCAGUUCAUCAAAUGUGCGUAAUCGUCGAGUAUCAUUCGACAGCGGUCAGGAAAAUCCUCCCCCAGGGGUGUCUGACAAACCCGUUAAAUGCCGCAACCACAAGUGCAAUAACAGUACAUCACUGGCUGAAGCAAAGCGAAUAUACAAGAGUUGUCACAAUUGCACUUAUCUUUAUUGUUCAAAAGAAUGCAGAAGAGCACACUGGCCACGCCACCGAAGGACUUGCCUUCAUUACCGAGCUGGGACCCUUUGCAGACAAGUUCUCUCAUCAGCCAAAGAGGAUCCAGCUACUAUAAAGCAUAUAUCUGCCCUGGCAAAACGUGGUUAUGCAGCUCACGGUCGAGGUGCUGUCAAAUGUUUCUUCACCAGUCCAGAGACAGCUGAACAAUUUGUCGGCAAUGGCUUUAAAGACCUCGGUGAACCGACUUAUGUGCGUUGCUCUGAUCUACUCACUAGUGAAAUGGGAGCCGAACUCUAUGCCGAAAUAAUGCGUUUAUGUAAGACAUACAAUCCGGAAACAAGACUGGUCUUAUUUGUUGCGGUUUGCGUUGUCAGUGAGGUGCCAUCCAGUGGUGCGGUCAGAUGGGAGCGUCAGCUCGUCUCAAGAUGCGGUAAAAUUCGUCUGGAUCCAUCCCAGAGAACCGUUCCUUCGCUCAUAUCACCAUCACAAAAUAAACACCAGACACAAUCUUCAUCUUCCACAGCUCCCACUGCUCCAACUGCUCCAUUACAAUCUUCUCCAUCCAAUCAUCCUGCAAUAACACGUGAAAUGGACUCGCCGGAGACACUGGUACUUACUUCAUUACCUGAAAAUCAGGGCCAAAAUACAACAAGACGAACACGGGAAAUUGGAUUCACUAACAUUCAGAGGCAACUGAGACAGCGUGGGGUAUCACUAAGACGACACUUUCCUCAGGUUUAUACGAAAUUAUGUUCUUAUGUAGACGGGACUGUUGAUAAAUUUGCACCAGUUACUAUUUAUCCACGUGAUCAGGCGUCUGGUAAAAGUUUUAUGUGUAUUAUUAUGCUCGAUGCCGAGCCAGAGAGACUGCAGUUAUUACCUACUGAUUCAUCGAGAGUCAGGACUGUUGACAUUAGUGUUGAACAGGAGUGAUUAUAAAUCUACGAGACAUUAUUCUAUUUUCCUUUCCUUUCCUUCCUUUUUCACUAUAAUAAUGAUAAUAAUUAUCGCGAGCGUACGUAAGUUCAGAUGAGUUUUCAUUGAGAAAUUCAACGAAUGUUAGCUCAAUCUUCGCAAGUUCAGCCCCUAUUAAAUUGAAUAGUGGUAAAAUUCUAUGAAAAACGUAGUAAUCUCAAUUGUUCCAACGCUGAAAAUCAAAAGAUUGAUUCACUCUCUCUCUCUCUCUCCUCUCUCUUUCCAUCAUACUGUGUGUCAAUUUAUCUCCAUCAGUAUAAUUUGAAAAACUUGUUUCAUUCUUUUGUUGAUUCAAUUCCCUUUUUUCUUUUUCUAUUCAAUAAUUCCAUGUUGGAAGGUGGAAGUAAAGGAUCUCAAUUGAGAGAAAAAUCAAACUGGAAAGUGCUUUUUGAAAAAUACGAAUACGUAUAAUAUAUUUGCAUUGUUGUCGUUGGACCAUGAAGCUUAUACGAAACAUACUAAAAAGUGUGCCAAAAGUGUGGAAAGUGAUGAAUUAAACGUGCAUCUUUUUCUCGUUCACUUGCAACGGCAAAGUAUCAAAAUUCAGCGGAGAAUAAUGAAGAAAAUGAAAGGGGAAAAUCUACGGUAAAUUAUAAAUGAUGCGAUGGCAUUCUCUAUCCUCUUUCUACCUAGAUUUUCUAUUCUUCGAGCGUAUAGAUACUCAAUUCAUUAUUAAAAAAAAAAAAAACUAACAACGGUGCCAACGCAUUGACCGCUAGCAAUGCAUCCACACAAUGCGAUUCUAUUCUUGUAUAUAUAUUAUAUUGCCAAUUAUUAUCGAAAGAGGAGUAAAGAUAAUUAGGAACAGAAAAUUACCCAUCAGUCAUUAAAAAAAAAACCGAAGAAUCUACAGUCGUUCGCCUCUAGUUUAAACAUUACAACAACAAAACAGAUGACGUUAUGCAAAUCGAAUCAUAAUGAAAUUAAUGCGUUUCGUCGAGCAGGGUUCUAAUUUUUGUAAAUAAUUUUAUUAUUUUGCACAUAAGAAGCAAUAGAAAAAUAUUGUUGAAUCAGUUUAUAGUAUAGCUAUUUAAUCUGUCUAUCUCUUUGAAGAAGAAGAAGAAAAAAAAAAUAGAAAUUUAAACGCAAAAUUAUCCCCAAGUCACCAAAACAAUGUGUGAAAAAUAGUUGUUGAGUUGAUUUCAUAGAUGAAACAUCUUUAAAAGAAAUGUAAUCGCAUCAAAAUGCACUCAGCUGGGGAGUAUAUACGAGGAUGAAUGAAAGUUAAUGAUGAUAAUUUCCCGUUUAUUGUUUAACAAACAAAAAUCGGCGUGAUUUUUGAAUCUCAUCUUCCCAUUUAUCAUCUUUGAUCAUUGAUUUUGUUCUUUGUUAUUGAAAAUCUUUUAUUAUUGAUAUUGUAAUAAUGCGGAAAUCGUUAACCCGCAGUUGUUUAUUGAGUAAUAAAAUAUAACGAGCGUUACUAUUUACGAUAAUUCAUUUUCAUUUGAGUGAUAAAUGGACUAAGCGAGUGAAAAGGUGUUGUAAAGGGAAUCGAGAAUAAAUUAUUAUAUAUCAGCGCUAUUUGUCCGCUAAUACUGUUUUUUGGUAUUUGUGUAUGUAUUACUUUACGAAAUAAACUGUUAAUUUUAUUGAACAAGCUCAACAAGUGACGAUUAAUUACUAAUAAACGUAAUUAAAAAAAUUGAUUGAAAGUCAAAGUCUUUUGUUGCCAAAAAAUUUCAUUUUUGGAUAUAGUAACGCAAAUAUACGAUAUUAAAUUUGAA